GCGCAGUGCCCUUGAGCGCCGGCGUGCGGCGCGUGGAAGCUGCCCCGCGGAGCGCGAAUCCCGCUCGGGCUCCGGUCCCGGCUGCUCGGCGGCGCGCGGCUCGCGGGGCCAUGUCGUGGCUCUUCGGCAUCAACAAGGGCCCCACGGGCGAGGGCGCGGGCUCCCCGCUGCCCCUGCCGCCCGCGGCUGAGGGCAGAGGGGACCGCGGCGCUGGGGACCGGCCGGCGCCCAAGGACAAAUGGAGCAACUUCGACCCGACGGGCCUGGAGCGCGCGGCCAAGGCGGCGCGCGAGCUGGAGCACUCGCGCCAUGCCAAGGAGGCACUGGGGCUUGCGCAGAUGCAGGAGCAGACACUGCAGCUGGAGCAGCAGGCCAAGCUGAAGGAGUAUGAGGCCGCCGUGGAGCAGCUGAAGAGCGAGCAGGUCCGCGUGCAAGCCGAGGAGAGGCGCAAGACCCUGAGCGAGGAGACGCGGCAGCACCAGGCCCGGGCCCAGUAUCAGGACAAGCUGGCCCGGCAGCGCUACGAGGACCAGCUGAGGCAGCAGCAACUCCUCAAUGAGGAGAACUUGCGGAAGCAGGAGGAGUCCGUGCAGAAGCAGGAGGCGAUCCGCCGAGCCACUGUGGAGCGGGAGAUGGAGCUGCGGCACAAGAACGAGCUGCUGCGCGUCGAGGCGGAGGCGCGUGCCCGGGCCCAGGCCGAGCGGGAGAACGCGGACAUCAUCCGUGAGCAGAUCCGCCUGAAGGCCGCUGAGCACCGCCAGACCGUCCUGGAGACGCUGAGGACGGCCGGCGCCCUGCUCGGUGAAGGGUUCCAUGCCUUCGUGACGGACUGGGACAAAGUGACUGCCACGGUUGCAGGGCUGACCCUGCUGGCCGCCGGGGUCUACUCGGCCAAAAAUGCCACCGCGGUCGCUGGCCGGUAUGUGGAGGCGCGGCUGGGGCGGCCCUCGCUGGUGAGAGAGACGUCGCGCAUCAGCGUCCUGGAGGCCCUCAGGCACCCCCUGCAGGUCGGCAGGCGGCUGCUCAGUCAGCCCCAGGACGCGCUGGAGGGUGUCGUGCUCAGCCCCGCGCUGGAGGAGCGGGUCCGGGACAUCGCCAUUGCCACGAGGAACGCCCGCCGGAACGGGAGCGUGUACCGGAACGUGCUGAUGCACGGGCCGCCCGGCACCGGGAAAACCUUGUUUGCCAAGAAACUCGCCCUGCACUCGGGCAUGGACUACGCCAUCAUGACGGGCGGUGACGUGGCCCCCAUGGGGCGGGAGGGCGUGACCGCCGUGCACAAGGUCUUCGACUGGGCCAGCACCAGCCGGCGCGGCCUCCUGCUGUUUGUGGACGAAGCGGACGCCUUCCUCCGGAAGCGAGCAACCGAAAAGAUCAGCGAGGACCUGCGAGCCGCCCUCAAUGCCUUCCUGCACAGGACGGGCCAGCACAGCAGCAAGUUCAUGCUGGUCCUCGCCAGCAACCAGCCCGAGCAGUUCGACUGGGCCAUCAAUGACCGCAUCGAUGAGAUGGUCGGCUUCGGCCUGCCGCGGCGGGAGGAGCGGGAGCGCCUGGUGAGGAUGUAUUUUGACAAGUAUGUUCUUAAGCCGGCCACGGAAGGGAAGCAGCGCUUGAAGCUGGCGCAGUUUGACUACGGGAAGAAGUGCUCGGAGGUUGCGCAGCUGACGGAGGGCAUGUCGGGCCGGGAGAUCUCCCAGCUUGCCGUGGCCUGGCAGGUGAGUUGGGGUCGGCCGGCGGGGCCGCCUGGGGGUCGCUGCAGCUGCCUUCCAGUCCCUUGGCCCAAGUGUCAGGCUCCAGAGCGUGGGCCGCGUCCCAGAGCACAGCUCCCUGUCCCCAGAACGUCACCGCCUGCUGGGGGUGUCCUGGGAGGGGCGCAGGGCAGACGGCACAGGGGGCUCCAUGGCUGGGGGGGGUCCAGGGAUCGCAUGAACCUCUGA